CUCGGCCCGGGAUGUCCCUUGGUCCGUCCUGGGCUCACAUCGCGAUCCCUGCUUGACUGUCCCGGGGUGGGGGACCUGGAAGUUUUAGCCUAGCUGUUCUGGAGGCGGAGUAAUCAGUCCAAGAAACAUUAUAUUCAUAUAGAUAUGGCAGUGCUGGAAAGUGAACUUAUUCAAGGCGAUACUUGAAGACGUGAUGAUGCUUUGUUCUUUUUCUCCUAAGUCACUUCCAACCCAUGUCUCCCCGCAAGUACUGUCCCAAGUUCAGGUCACUGUGGUGUAAUAUAUAUGCCAACAACCUCUGUUUGCAAACCUAAUGCUUAUUCCACAUCCUUCCAUGAUUAAGUUUUAUAAUAAUAAAGGUUGGAGCAAUUACAGGGGUGUAAUUGACCCUAUCUAUAUCUCUAAGUUUCAAUUUUAUGUCAUGCGUUAUUUUCAGGUACUGUCCAUAGUUAAGGUGCCCUGCCUUGAUGGCCCGGCAAGGCCUGCUCAUCUUCUUACAUUUGCUUAAGAGAUCUUUUGAAUUGAUCAGUUUGUUUAGCCACCUUCAAGAACAAAAUUACUUUUGUUUGUUGAUUUUAGUCAGUCUAGUAUUCUAGAAUGUUCAUGCUACCUGUUACAGCUCCAAACGUUUGACUGGCGAGGGAAAUAAUAAUUAACCUUUAUAGCAAGCCUAUUAUGGGCUAAGGACUCUACUAAUAAUUUACAUAUAUAAUACGUAAAAACUGCCUCAACUGGAAUCAAGCUGUACAACCUUUUUUGUGCCUUACAUGCAUCACCUUUAAGUGGGAAUAAUACUAAUCCCCAUUUUAUACCAUCUCACGAAAACUGAAGAUCAAAUGGGUCAAUGCACCUAACCACAUGUUAAACAUAUGAGAAGUGUUUAAUAAGUAUCAUUGCAGUCAAUAUGUUCAUGAAUUUACACCUCAGGGAAACUGGGGCAAUCUAAAUGUCAAAUUAGAUUGUCUGAUGGUAACAACGCUUCCAAGUGGCACAAGGAAGAUUUAUUAAUCAUCCAAGCUGAAACCUCGGCCUGUGUUCUUUGCCAACUGAAAUUAUAAUUGGAUGACGUUAUUAAAUGCCUUCAAAUAAUUAGCAUUUUCAACUUAUCGAUGCUAUUAAAAACUGAAAUACCUCAAAAUUAAGGCAAAUCAUACUCUUUAAAAAAAAAGAUACAAAACUAUUCUUUCUGUAAAGGAAAAAAAUUAAAUUUAUUUAAAGUAUAACCAAAGAAAGCUCUUCUGUAUUCUAUCAUCCAUUUAGAACCUAUCUAAAACUUUUCCUAUCUAAAAUCUAUCUAAAAUUUACAAACCAUAUAAAACUAAUCUGUCUAGGUCAAUAUGGCUUUUGGAAUCAAGACAACUUCUAUGGAGGAAAUAUCUUUUAGUGGUUGUGGUAGCUGUAAAGUUAUACAAACAUGUUUGGGAUACAUUUGUAUUUGAAACUGGUAAUAUUUUUAAGUUACAUUGCAUGGGUUUAUAUUCCAUGUAUUGUAUUGUGCCUUGUAACUAAACUUAUCCUGAGGUUUUAAGAUAUUCCUUAGUUUGGGGAAUCUUGAAUUUUGUGAACAAAUACCAUAUACCAAAAAAUGUUCUCUAGUCAAAUAAAUUUGGGAAAUGUUCAACUAUAUAAAAAUGUCUGUAUAGUAUAACUUGCUCAGACUUUGAACAUUCUGAUGUGCUUUUAUGAUCUCCAAUAUUCCCAAAGUUAUUUGACCAAGAAAAAUGUUUGGAUCAAGUGUUCUAAGAAUCAUAUUUAUGGGAAUGAUGUUCCAUUCAUCCAACAUGUGAUUUUAUAGACUUUGAUCUGAAUGCCCUUCUCUCAGCCUUUCAUUUCUCUAUUUCUCUACUGAGAGUGUUAAUGGUUUUAGUUAUGUGGUGGCUUAUCAGUCUCUUGAUCACUGCAGCUGCCUCUGGGGCAAUUUGCCCUCUGAAUGAUAGGACACAUAAUUCCAGCCUAAUGUACUGAGUGUUGUUCCCAGGCUCAAUUUGUUAGCACCCAGCCUAUUAACCUUUGGAGGUCACAGCAGCACACUAUACUGACUUUCUUCUGAGAAUAUUUUGUAGUGCCUCACAGUAAUUCAGAAUAUCACAUGCUAUCUGCCUUCUCUUCCACUGGAAUUACUUCCUUUCAAUGUCAGUAUGACCAAUAAAGUUUUGUUUUUAUUCAAAAGAAAUGUAAAUGUCAACAUGUUGGUUGUUGCUAGGAACUAUCUAUCUAUGAAGUUGAGAUGGUCUUAAAACCCUUAACAGUUGGAUCCUGCUUUCAAAAUGUGUGUGUGUGCUCAUUUUUAUUUUUGUAUUAGAAUUUACUGGGGGUUGUAUUUCUAAACCUCUAAAAGAAGAAGCAGAACACUUGUAUUUGCUAAAUGAUAAGAGUGACAAAAUAUGUAGCUAGAGACUCAUGUAUUUUAGACAAAUAGAAAGGAACAGCAGCUUGAAACAGCCCUGGUAUUUGUAAGAAAUUUUGGUUUGAAUAUGAUGAUAAUGAUACUAUUUGCUAGAAUUGGAUACAUGGGGUGUAGCAACUGAAUGAGAAGAAAUUCACGGUAACUCAUAACUUUUGAGUGUACAGAAGAGGUGAUAUUGCCAUAUAGAAAGUAGAGGUUGGUUAUGGAGAAAUAAUUCUAUCAUAAGUAAGUUGAAAAAUGAGAGAGUACAUCCAGGUUAAAGGGGGACCAUGUGAGAGAUUCAGAGUCGUAAUCACUUGGGAAAUGAAUGAAUAACUAUGAUGCCUAUUUAUCAGUCACAAAAAUGUGACCAUAUAUUUUUUUUUUUGAGACAGUCGCCUUAUGUAGUUAACCGAGAGUGUAGCUGAACUUACUUUAUAGCCCAGGCUGGCCUGAACCUUGCUCAGCCUCUGGCAUGGUGGAAUUACAGGCAUGCACCAAUAUACCCAUUUUAAGACAGUAGUUUUUAUUCCUACUUUCCUUUUAGGGCAUAGGCAGAAAAACAGUGUUAAGGGGGAAAAAAUCAGAUUUGGGAUGCUGCCCCCCCCCCAAAAAAAAAGACUAGAUUUAGCUUCAUUCCUUUAUUUUUGUCUGCUCAUUCCAUAUCAUGAUUGACAUUUGGUUUGUUCUAGACAGUAUCACUUUGAAGGUUCUAACCAUCUCCCAAACUAUGUUUCAUUUUCUUUAUCACUAAAAGGCACUUAUUGGUCUUUAGAGUGGGACAGCUAGCCACUGAUGUAUUUGUGCUCUGUAAAGUUAGUAAUACAGUGAAUCCGCAUCAUGAUGCUAUGAAUGGUUUCUAUGAGAUUCUAUUCAUGAAAAAUGCAUGUGAAAUUAUGAGAUCCAAAGCUGGGCAGGAGACUAUUACGGAGAAGUUCCUUACCACCCAAAACUGAGAACUGUAAAAGCAGAGAGAUAUUUUUGACCUUUUGGUUUGUAGAAAAAAAAUUUACAACUAUGUCUCUGAAAAAAAAAAAAAAAAAAAAAAAAAAAACAGGCUACUGUGACAUCCUGCGUAAAUGAAACAGGGAGCUAGACGGGUGACUAUUAUUUGCUUUCAGGAAGUCAUAAAACUACACUAAAUAUCUUUCCUAAAAUGAAAUCUCUUUCUGGAUAUACCUUGCUAGUAUAAAUGACUUUUAAAUAAAAUGACAGAUAUUUCCUUUGUCCUUAUAACAAACUUAGUCUCAUUUUAGAAAGCCGCACACAUUGAGAAUCUUUUUAAAAUGUAAACUGCUUGGGAGUUUCUUUUAUCUGAGGACUAUGGCAUUCAUGUGUCCAUUUAAUCACUAUCUUUCUGCCAAAACCAUGUCCUUGGUACACUUUUGUGUAUUUUCUGUUGCUAACACACUGCUGAAUAAUGCUUUGUAAAUACAAAAAAGAGACCAGUGCCCAGCCUCCUGCAGUUCUCAUGUUAUCUCCCCACAGAACUUAGAGAAUUCUUGACUGCUUUUCCAUAGAAAGUUAACAUUAGCUCGGCUUUGCUUGAGUGUCACUUAAGUUUUCAUUUUCAAAAAGCUUAAGAAACCAUUUGAUAUGUUUAGGUUGUACAAGUAGAUAUGUGCGAGGUUUGGUUCUGGUUGGUGGUUGCUAGUCCCAGGUCACCUUGCUCACUAGUGAGUUCAUCCAAACCUCAAAAGUCACACCUGUGUCCUGUGCGCGGAUGCUGCAGGCUUAGGUGGAGAAAAGCAGGGCUAGAAUUGGAACCCAAAGCCCAGAAUGGCAAGAGAGGAUGUGGGGGCUCCACCCGAUCAUCUCUGGGUUCACCAAGAAGGUAUCUACCGCGACGAAUAUCAACGCACAUGGGUAGCUGUGGUGGAAGAGGAGACAAAUUUCCUAAAGGCUCGAGUCCAGCAAGUUCAGGUUCCCUUAGGUGACGCAACUAGGCCAAGUCACCUUCUUACAUCCCAACUACCUCUCAUGUGGCAACUCUACCCAGAGGAACGCUACAUGGAUAACAAUUCUCGCUUGUGGCAGAUUCAACAUCAUUUAAUGGUCAGGGGAGUACAGGAACUGCUGCUUAAACUUUUGCCUGAUGGUUAACCUGGUGCUGGAAUUCUUGGAAGAUACACUCCUCUGUUCUAUUCAUUAUAUGGCAAUCACCUCAUUCACCACUGCAGUGCUCCCACACUUGGGCCCGGGGAGGUGGGCUGGAGGGGAGUAGUUUGAAGAACUGCUCAAGAACACAGAUGUUUAGGAAGGGCCAUGAAGAACACUGCCAGCACUACAGAGAAAGGGAUACACAGGGCAGAAAUCAAGUCAACAAAAGCAUUUAGGCAGGAUAUGUAACUUCAGAUUGACUCCUUUGGAAAUUGCCAUAGAACCUUUAAUGGACUUCAUCGGCUGAACCUGGGAUCUGGUGAAUCCCACAAAAAUCAGCACAUGCUACAGAACAGAUGCCCUCAUCACCAAGGACUGGGUACUGAUUUAGAGAGAAGAGAGCAGCUUCUAGCAGCAUCAACAUGCAUUUGUCGCUUAUUUCCCCUGCAGCAAAUUCACCCGCCUUUCCUUCUUCCAUCCUGUAAAUAUCUGUUUUGUUCUAGUGUUUCUCAUCCCACUACUGACCUAAUUUGGAUCUACUGAGAACUUAAGGAGUUCUGGGGGAAAAAAAGGUUAUUUGUACUGAUGAAAUUAGCUACAGAGGCUCCUAUGCCUUUCUUCUUUCUGAAACUGUCUCUUUGAAUUGUUUUUAUGAGUUUCUCAUCAAAACUUUGUGAAUCUAAAUUCUUUCUUUGAUUACAAACAUCUUACAUAUUUGGCAUCCAUAUGAGCUCAAAAGAUAAUGUUUAAUUGGCACGUUUCUCAAGAGGUAAUAGCAACUAACAUUGCUAACUACGUGUAAAGAAUUUCCUGAAUUAAAGCAGCCAUGACAGUUUAUGUACAUUAAAGUAAGGUUUUGCUUUUUAAAAUAAGUCUUGGGCCCAGAGCAAUGGUGCAUGCCUAUAAUUCCAGCUAUUCAGAAGACUGAGGCAAGAAAUCACUUGACCCCAGGAGUUUGAAGCCAGCCUAAGAAAUAAUGAGACCCUGUCUUAAAACAAAAAGUACUUGGGUAUAAUAGCUACCAUGUAUUAAGUUCUUACUGCCUCCCAGUUACUAUUCUGUGCACUUUAUAUUUUUUAUCAUGUUUAGUCCUUCCAUCAGUUCUUUGAGGUACGUAUAAUUCCCGUUGACAUGAAUAGUGAAAGAAAGAAAAGCAUUCAAAGAGUUUAAUCAUUUACCAAGGGUUUCUUUUAUUAAUCAUAGAGCCAGGCAUUGGGCCAGGCCUUUAAAAUUGUGGUGUCAUUACAACAUUGGUUUACAAUAUUCAAGAUGACUAGACUGAAUUUUUUCAUCUAAUUUAUAUCUGCCAUACUUAAUUGAGAUGGAGAUAUAAAAAUAUAGUUGAUUUAUCCUAUCAAUGAAGAAAGAAUAUUUUUAUGCAUUUAUUUUUCCAGCAAUUGUAAGGUCAUUCUACUUGCCCCCAGAAGAAAAUUCCAUGUAGAUAGGCUACAAAGUCUUUAUAACUAAAAAAAAAAAAAAAAGAAAAA